AUGGCAGAAUCCUCGAGGAAGUCCUUCAAAGACAGUCUGAGUGAUAUAAAACAACGGAUGAGAGAGAAGAGAACUCAAAAAUGGUCAAGGCUGGGUAAAACUACCCAGUUCUCCACCGUAAAGGCCAAAAGAGCAACCAAAACCUCCAACAAAAUGAAGAUCAUUCUAGCAAACAACAGAGAUCUGGCUCUGUCCUUGCAAGAACAAAAGCUCAAACUGAGGGAAGCUGAAGCUACCAUUCUUCAGCUAAGGAAAGACUAUCACAUUUUGAAGAUUCAGAUGUUUGACUUGCGAAGAAAUCAUAGGUUCCAGCAAGAAAAAGGACAUGUGGAGAAUCGACUGUCAGCCUUGAACGAGAUAAUUUCCAAAGUCUCUCAGAAUUUACUGGACUCGGUCGCUCUCCUUGACCCAGCAAAGAAUUUGUGUUCCUUAGACAUGAAUCAAAGAGUGCUUUCUUCAGGUCCUGGAAACAGUUGCAGCGUCACAGGGCCAACACAUUCAAUAGGACCUCUAAAGUGUGUUCUUGAAGAUAGUCCUGUACUUCCACGUGGGAUGGAAGCUGGUGGUGACAGAAAUUCUUUGUCAAAGAUCUGUGUGGAACCUGACAGUGAUAUUUCCUUUACCAAAAUAAUUCCAAGUGAAGGCCAGCCAUCUGAUUUUCAUUUGAACAACAAAGAGCCAGAGCUGGAAAGUGUUUCUUCAAGUGUAAAGUUGGGAUUUGGUAGCAUGUUACCAAAAAGUGUAUCCACCAGACGUCACUUUUCGAAGAUGAGGAACCUUGAUGCAAUUUCUACUGGUGUCUUGGACCAUUUAGAAGCACCUGAUUCAAUAAAAGAACUUUCUGAACAGAAUGAAAUUAGGCUUGAGGAAAGUCUAGAGAAGUGUCCUACAGAAAAUAUAAAUGCAGUUAUUCCUCACUUGAAUGAAAGCAAGGCCGAUUCAGAGCUGGUGUUGAGGCAGAAAAAUUCUGGAACUUCACAGUUCAAAUUAAAACGUAAUUCUGACCUUAAACAACCGGAGUGUAAAAGCAGAGAAAAACCUCAACAAAGGAAAGAAAAGUGCCAGAAAGGAAAACUGGAAAGGCCACUUACUUCCCAACGAAGACAAGGAAAACUAGCUAAGGAGGCUUCUAAAGAAAAGCUGAAUUUCUUGGGUGGCAUCAGUGAUGCUUAUGACUUUCAUUUGGAAGAGAGUGUCCAUCUUACACCUUUUCGACAAAAAGUGAACAAUAGUGACACUGAAGUGGAGGACGAAGACUCAACUGAAACCAAUCCCAUUGAGUCAAGCAGUACUGCAGGUGACUCGGAUGACAGCCUCUAUGAGCCUUACAAGAGCAAAUCAAGGAAAAGGCGAAGCUCAGUGGAUGAGAACCCUAGGUCACCAGUCCAUCCAAGGCCAAGGUCUAAGAGAUGUUUGGCACAGCAUGAGCAGAAGCUCUGUCAUGAAGAAGAGACUGAAAACAACAAAUCAAGUGAUAAGUCUUUUAGACAGCCUGAGCUAUCUCGUGGGUAUCUCUGUGAUGUUACCAAUACAGCUGCAGUGUUCCCCAGCACUGAGGAUGUAGAAAUUCUCUCUGAAUGUGAAGGACCUCAGUCUCCAAAACGCAUGCGACGAAGCUGUACUGUUACUGUGAAUUACAAAGAACCAAGUAUUGUAGGCAAACUCAGGAGAGGAGAUCCAUUUACAGAUACACAGUUCCUGAGUUCUCCAAUUUUCAAGCUGAAAAAAGACAUUAAACGACGUUCUCAUAAGAAAGAUUCUAUGAAAAAAUACAAUGAGAAAUUGGUUAGUUGUCUUUGAGAUUUUCAGCAAAACUAUGCUUCUGCCAUGAAGAAGGUAAUUUCCUGGAUGAAAUGUUUUGUUGCACAAUAUAUUAUAUAAAUAUGUAAAUAGUUGUGUGUCUAGUAUUAAGGAUAUAUCAGAUUAAAGGGGCCUGGAUUUAUUCUAGUGACUUAAUAAUAUGGAUUGAUGACUUUUUACAACUAAAUGAUUCUAUUCAAGCUCCUUUUGAGUGGAUCAGAGUAUAUGAGAAAUCUCUGAUGGAUAAGAUGGCGAAUCCCCCCAUAUGCGUGAACUUUAGGCACUUAAAAUGUUUUGGGCAGGAAGAAUUUUUAGUAACAGUGUUUGUACAGAUCUUGUAUAUGUGAUGGUUGUAAUUUCGCAUGGAAUGUCACAAUAAACAUCGUACUGUUUGGAAACAGCUCUGAGUGGGUUGGUGGUCUUUUGGCAGUUUCCACAGUUGCUCCAAGGGCACUGAUGUCAGCAGUGGGCAUUACAGGCCUGUGUCCCCAUCUUAUGUGGUGGCAUAAGCACUGUAGAAGCAGCUUAGCAGCUGCAAUUUGAUUCUGUAGCUGUAGCUCUUGAAAGCAGCAGUUUAGGCUUACUUGGUCCUGCACUGAAUGUAAGUUAGAAUAAACCAGACAGAAACAAAGCAAAUUUAUUAUGAAGGCUGUUGAAGGUCCCAACUGUUGUGGGAUAUUCCUAACAAUUUAUAAUAAUUUUGUCCCUGCUUUCCAAAGUGCCUUUCCCAGAGGUGCCACAUCUGAGCUUGUGCUAUUUGGUGCCACACUAGGGUACAUAUGAGAACAAGAGUGUUGUCAACCACUCAAACAGCUUUUAACUUUGUGUGAGAUACACUUAAGUAUUAAUGGGUUUGAGAAUACCCAAAUGAAAGCUACAUUCCAAACACCUAAUACGAGAAUACAAAAACUGCAUGCUUUUUCUUUGUUCUGUAAGACUGCGUGUCCCACUUCACUAGGUGCAAAAACCCUUUCUGUAAUAAAACUGUUGAUUACUAUUCUACCUGUAACUUCUUCCAUGGCUCUUUAACAAUAAUACUACUUUAGCUACUGAGUGUUUGAAAAUUAAUUGUUCAAAACAACUUGAACGGAAACUUAACUUUACCUUUGUAUGCUGAAAUUCUAGCCCCAAGGCCCCACCAUCUCAGUCUGGAAUUCUAGUGCUAGAGGAACAGCAGCAGAGUGGUUGAACUAUAUUGGUUAGAGCCUGGUGCUAAUACUGCCAAGGCUGUCGGUCCAAUCCCUGUAUCAGCCAUUCACGUAAGAGAUGCACUUAAUGAUCGCUGAGGGUAUUCUGGAGCCUCAGGUGCUCUUCCAUUAAACAAAUCUGCAACAGCUGUUUUAUCAGGGAGAGAAAAAGAGCAGGGUGAUUGCAGAGCAGCCCAAGGCAGGUGUGGUGAGUGUGAGUGGUUUCUUAGUAGAUUGAGCAAGCUUGAAAAACUGAAGUGAUGGAAAUGUAUAAGGAAGAAAUAAGUCCUUCCUAAUCUCAUCUGCUUUCUUUAGAAGUGUUUAGUAAAACACUUGGUUCCACUUUCACAGGACCAAACCUGAGUCGAUGGGGGAAAAAAAAAUCUUCCUACUCUAAUUAUCUGUCACAUAUUGGACAGGUGCAGGCUUUGUCGAUGUGACCAUAUGGUGAUGGUACAAACGCAACCUGGACUCAGUUUGCUGCUACAUUUAUAUUGUGAGCAAAGGACUCUUGAAGGCAAAUUCUGGCAAAUAGCAUAAGCAUGCUAUGAAGUCAAAAAACCAAAAGUUUGCAACAGCUAACAGCACCAUCUCUCAGUUACCAUAAGGCUGGGAAAGCUACUUGGAUUGACUUCAGCUCAGCCCAUCAUGCUCUUGGUGAACUCAGAGGCCAUUUCACGUAUUUUCUACCCUACCUGGACGAGUCACUGACAGCACUCCUGUCUUGGGUUGUGAAAUUGCUUCGCUGUGUAUGUUUGUAUCCCAAAUACCAAGUAAUGAAAAAAAGAGACCAAAAUAAGUAGGGUUUUGUACAUAUAUAAUUUAAAACUAUUCUGUACCAGUACAAUAUAUUAAUUUGACAAAUGUAAAGUUCAUCAGCUGUUAAAGCAUUUGCAAAACCACAUAUCCUACUAUAACUUUAUUGCACAGUAUCUAUGAAAAUAUUAAUUCUUAAAUUAGAAAACACGUUUCAAUAUAGAAGAGACAAUCUGAUUGAAAGACGAUAAGAAAAUCUACUCUGAAAAUAACAAAAAUUCACAGGUUACCAAGCUUAACAGGUGCAUCUGUAGGCCCAAUCUAUAAAACAGGUUUAUAGCAUCCUGUUCUGGCUAUUAAAGAAAAA